GGGUCGGCCGCGGCCGCCCAGAGGCCGCCCAGAGGCCACUGCCGGGGCCGCCGCCGCCGAGGCGGUCGCACACACCGACCCCACCAUGCCGGGAAGCCGGGGUGAGAAACUCGACACAUGACUGAAACCGCACCUGCCUCUGGAUUUUUGACCUGAGUUAUUUCAUCAUGGGCCAGCAGAUCUCUGACCAGACCCAGGUGGUGAUCGGCAAACUCCCUGAAAAAGUCGCAAAGCACGUGUCUUUGGUCCGGGAAAGCGGUUCCCUAACUUACGAGGAAUUUCUGGGGAGAGUGGCCGAACUGAAUGAUGUAACUGCAAAGUUGGCUUCCGGUCAAGACAAGCAUCUCCUCUUUGAGGUGCAGCCAGGGUCUGACUCCUCGGCCUUUUGGAAGGUGGUGGUACGCGUAGUGUGCACAAAGAUUAACAAAAGCAGUGGAAUUGUAGAAGCUUCGAGGAUCAUGAAUUUGUAUCAGUUUAUCCAGCUUUAUAAAGAUAUCACUGAUCAAGCAGCAGGAGUGCUGGCCCAGAGUCCCACCUCGGGAGGAACUGCUGAAAACCUGUCAUCCGGAUCUUCCUGCCAGGCCAGCCUCUGGAUGGGAAGGGUGAAACAGCUGACGGACGAGGAGGAAUGUUGCAUUUGUAUGGAUGGACGAGCCGAUCUUAUAUUGCCUUGUGCUCACAGUUUCUGUCAGAAGUGCAUUGACAAAUGGAGCGACCGCCACAGGAACUGCCCCAUCUGCCGCCUGCAGAUGACCGGAGCCAAUGAUUCUUGGGUGGUGUCCGACGUCCCCACCGGCGAUGACAUGGCUAACUACAUCCUGAACAUGGCGGACGAGGCGGGCCAGCCUCUCAGGCCGUGACUCCUCGGGGUAACUUGGGGGAAUGAACAUCCGGGGCCGAGAGAUCGGAGAAUGCGGUGUCGUGAUCUCGGGAGUGGCGCGGGUCUCCGCCACUCUCCUCACUCGGUUCAUUGUUUCUGCUCGACGUCACACGCCUUCCAUUGAGGACGUCUCUACUACUGUUUUAAAACAGUUUGCACUUAGGUGAAUCGUACACGUGUGCAGACAUUUUCAUUUGAAUAGUGGCGGCCUGAAUCCCCCGUGAAUUCUUUUACCCUUGAGUUUUAGAGCAGAGAUUGCGGAGGCUUCAGGAACUCCGGUUUGUCCUGGGUAGAAUAUUUGGGAGUGUUCUGUGGUUUUGUUGAGUGUUAGUUUAACCCUUGGUUGAAGGUGUUUCUGGCACAGUUUGAACUGGAUAUUGGCAAACACAGAGAAAAAAAAGCCAACUCCCAAGUACUCAUUUCUAAGCUCCAGUCUGACAGUUGGAAUUUCAGGAGCAGUGGGUGCUCCUUUUUGGUCACACUGCCAUUUCGGUCCUUUCUCCUUAGAAAUCUGCACGGGCCAAACAUCCUAACCGAGCAGCUUGCCAUUUGAAGAUUAUAAAGUACACCCGCGACCGAGGCAUGUAUGCCUAGGGAUUUGGGUGCGGGUGGAGAGAUUGUCUCAUCGGUCGUUUCGAGGAGUUUUCUCUGGUGGAGCGCCGACUCUUUCCAGGAAUGGCGAAAUCAGGUUGAGUGCUUCCUUACAUGGCAAUGUGAAAUCCUUUCCUUUACGGGGGUGGUGUCCCAGAGGGGACACGUCGAGAAAUUGGCCGAUUAUAAACUCUGCCCCUCAGAGAAUGAUUCUCUCACUAAAAGAUAAACCAAGCAGUAUUGAUCAGGGCGCUUUUCUUUUCAUAGUUUGGUACGGUCUUCCUGAGUUUUCCAAGCCACUGCCAUUUUUCAGUUAUGGUGGGCGGGGAAAAGCGGGGCUUUGUUUUCACCCUGAAAGAGUCAGCUACAUUCCUGAAGCCAGGUGAAAGUUCCACCUUGCUCACUGCCAUUUUCACAUCUCUUCCUCUGGAUUAUGCAACUGUAGUAACUCAGGAAAGGGGGAGUCAUUCAACCAGAUGAUAAUGUUCCAGGGGCAUUUAUGCCCCGGGAACCUCCUGCUGUCUGUUUUCAAAUACAAAAUAUCUACGUCGGGUUGAACCGAAACAUUUCAGAAUAUGCGAAAGCGACGUCGAAAGGCCGAUUCUCGCGAGCGGACACGUCUUGCUGGAUUCCAGCAAGAGGUCCCCGACGUGGAUUCGAUCAAUUCCAAAUGAGUACUGCAUAUUUCAUGCUAUGUUCCAAUAAGCUACAGUCACCGGAGCAAACGUGGCUCCUUCAGGGAAGGGAAUCUCCAAAUCCAUGCAAAAUUUCACGCGUGAAUAAGUAGCUCUUCGGUUUUUAGCCGACGUGCAACUAGGACUAAGAAUGCGUUCCUUGAAGACGUGCGCCUUCUCUUGGUGGAUUCAUCUUCCCUCCGUAUAUUUAUAGAUGUGUGUGGGUAGCUGUGCAUAUAAACUCAUUUGGCGUCCUCUGAUGAUCGGGCUUGAACACAGAGUGGCCAUGAAAUCCAAGUCCCGUAGAGUUUGCCGUGAAAACGUUUUACGGGGGAAUUUUUCUAAACCAUCCCUGUGGUGACUCCUUUAAAGGCAGUAAUUCCUAAGGCCUCUUACCGCGGGAAGGUGGUUUUGCCCCUGGCACCUGCUCAGAUACCUGGGCACCAACGUGCAUCCAAACCGUUUCCCGAAGGGAGGCUCCCUUUUUCCUUCCCCGCGGAGGUCAAACUGGAUCCACGUGUUGUCGGCAAGUAUUCCGGUCCCUGUGCCUUCCCUAAGACAUUAGCCGACCUUGGGGCUGUUUUUAAAGCCCCAACUCCUAAUCAUUUCUACUCUGUCUCAGCAAGCCGUCUCUUUGGCUCCCCAACCCCAUUGGUUAUAGUGAGGCAGACCCCAAAUGGGUCUCCCUUGGGCUCUAACACCUCUGGGGGCAGGAGAUGGGGAGUGAGGGGGGUUAUGGCAGCUGGCAUGAAGUAGGGCCGCACCUGCCAGGGACAACACUGCUGGAACCUGAGCGAGAAGCUUCGACGAACUGACCAAAUCUGACACUUUCUCCUCUGCCAAUCCUGGGGUCACCCCCGCCUUUUCGGUAACGGAGAGCACAGAUGGGCUCCUCUGUUACCAAAAGAGUUUGGCAAAAUCACUCCAGCACAUUGACCCACUAAUCUUUUAUGAAGCUAGAUACAUUCAUACAUUGCGCUUUUCAAAACAAAACAUUUCCACUAACUCCUAAAUCACAUUUUUCUUCUUGCAAGCUGGCUCGCUAAAUUGAGCAAUAGUUUUUUGGAGGAGCCUGGGAGGUUUUUGCUGUAUUGGCAUCACCUGAAUCCAAAAGUUGUAAAUUUUUUUAUUGGGUGAAACCUUUUUUUUUUUUUUUAAUUCUGUACAGCUCUACCUUUUUAAAUCAUAAACUACUUAAAUGCACUUGCUGUGAAAUAGGAUCAGAAUCGUGUGCCUUCUAGACUUUGUGACAUGGUAUUUCUUUCCCAAGGUAAGGAACGUGUAUUGGCAAAACUUUCCUAGUCUUAAUGCAUUAGUUGGGGUUCUCAGUCAUGCUGCAGAGACCCUAAUGUAGCAAAAUGAAUCUAACAGUAAACUGCUGCAAUAAAGUGUGGAGGAAGAGGGAGAGCAGUUUUGAGUGUUUGGAAUUCCAUCCCAGAGAACACAUUAAUGACUAAACACACCCCAUCCGUUGUAUGAUUAGGAGCGAUUGAUGGAUUGUGCAAUAAAUGCAUUUUGAAAAAGAA